AUGUCUACACAAACUACCACAAAGAAAAAUAGCAACUGCGGUUGCGAUCUUUUAUUAUGGAAAAAUCCAAUUGAAACUGGUAAAUACUUUUUCGGUUCGUUAAUUGUACUAUUAAUUUUGAAGAAAGUUAACUUAAUCACUUUCUUCUUAAGAUGUGGUUAUACUAUACUAUUGACAACCGGAUCAAUUGAAUUUGUCACUAAAAUUUUCUUAGGUCAAGGGUUGGUCACCAAGUACGGUAUCAAGGAAUGUCCAAACACAGUUGCAUUCAUUAAGCCACACUUAGAUCAAUUCUUAAAAUAUUUACCAGUCUACCAAGCUAAGAUGAGAAUGUUAGUCUUUGCUUACGUUCCAAAGAAUACUUUCAAAGCCGCUUUGGCUCUAUACUGUCUACACAAAUUAUUCUCAUGGUUCUCCAUAUGGUGUCUAUUUUUCAUGGCCGAUCUAGUCAUUUUCACCGCCCCAAUUGUUUACAAGACUUACCAAACUGAAAUUGAUGCAUGUGUUGCUCAUUCUUGUAAAGUUGCAAAGGCUAAAUCUAACGAAUGCUCAAAAUUAGCCUGUGAAAAGAUUAAGCCAUACGUUGAAAAAAUUGCCCCAUUAAACAAGAUUUUAAAGACAAGAGAAAGUAGCGAAACUACCGCUCAAAUGGCAGGUGCUGUCCCAGUUAAAGAAACAUCAAGCGCAACUUCUUCAGCUUUACCAACCGCACCAACUAAUGAACCAAUCAAUAACGAAACUAAAGAAUUUGACGUCGAUCAAUUAACUAGUGACCUACAACAAAGUACAAACUCUUUAAAAGAACAAUUAGAAAAGAAUAACUUCUAA